UGGCUGGCUGUGUGUUUCCAAUGGGACCAGAGAGCUUUCAGCGCUUCACGCCGGACUCCCUGGCGGCCAUCGAGCAGCGCAUCGCCCAGGAGGAGGCCCGACGCAACAAACAAUACCAGGAGGACCUGGGCGACGUGGAGCUCCCCCGGCCCCGGCCCGACCUGGAGGCAGGAAAACAGCUGCCGCGCAUCUUCGCCGACAUCCCAUCUCAUCUGGUGGGCGUUCCCCUGGAAGACAUCGACCCAUACUACUUCAAAGACCAGAGGACCUUCAUAGUCCUGAACAAAGGGAAGGCCAUCUUCCGUUUCAGUGCCACAUCAGCUCUCUACAUCUUCAGCCCCUUCCACCCCAUCCGCAGAAUCGCCAUCAAGAUCCUGGUCCACUCGUUGUUCAGUUUGUUCAUCAUGUGCACCAUCCUGACCAACUGUUGCUUCAUGGCCAUGUCCGAGCCGGCGUACUGGGCCAAAUACCUGGAGUAUACCUUCACAGGUAUCUACACGUUCGAGUCUCUCAUAAAGAUCCUGGCGAGGGGUUUCUGUGUGGGACCCUUCACCUUCCUGAGGGACCCCUGGAACUGGCUCGACUUCAGCGUCAUUGUCAUGGCAUAUGUGACUGAGUUUGUGGACCUGGGUAAUGUGUCAGCCUUAAGGACGUUCAGGGUGCUGCGAGCGCUCAAAACCAUCUCAGUCAUCCCAGGCCUGAAGACCAUCGUUGGUGCUCUGAUCCAGUCUGUGAAGAAGCUCGCUGACGUGAUGAUCCUCACCGUCUUCUGCCUGAGCGUCUUCGCCCUCAUCGGCCUGCAGCUGUUUAUGGGAAACCUGCGGCAGAAAUGCGUGCGCAGCACGGCGCACUGCGUCAACGACAGCCUGCCGGCCAACACCUCCUUCUACUGCAACAACAAGACCUGGGCCUCCAUGAAGGACUUCAUCAACGACGAGGACAACUUCUACAAGGUGGAGGGAGCCAAGGAUGCCUUAAUCUGUGGGAACAGCAGCGAUGCAGGAAAGUGCCCAGAUGGGUUUGAAUGUCUGAAGGCGGGAAGAAACCCAAACUACGGCUACACCAGCUUUGACACCUUCGGGUGGGCCUUUCUCUCCUUGUUUCGCCUGAUGACACAGGACUACUGGGAAAACCUCUACCACCAGACGCUGCGUUCGGCCGGUAAGACCUACAUGGUGUUCUUCGUGGUGGUGAUCUUCCUGGGCUCCUUCUACCUGGUCAACCUCAUCCUAGCUGUGGUGGCCAUGGCAUACGAGGAGCAGAACCAGGCCACCAUUGCAGAGGCCUGCCAGAAGGAGCGGGAGUUCCAGCAGGCCAUGGAGAGACUCAAGAAAGAGCAACAGGUUUCCACCCAGAAAACUCACGACUCAGACUCACUGAUGUCACCAGACCUCUCGCCCUUUGGCCCGCCAUUGGACAGCUUGGAGGAGCGGAGGCGGAGUCAAGCUUUGGUGGGAGUGGCUGACGUGGAGGCGAACCUGUCAGAGGAAAAGCUGCUGCAGGUGGACAUGACGGACGGGGGAAAGCCCCUCCACCCCCUCCUCGCACGCUCCUUCUCCACCAGGACUCGGCGAAGCAGUCAGGUCUCUUCCAUCUUCAACUUCCGUCUGAGGAGCCGGGGGUCCGAUGGAGAGAUGGCUGACGACGAGUACAGCGUCCCAGGUGAUGUGGUGGAGGGGGUCGGAGGCCGAACCUACAGCGGCGGGACCUUCAGCGGCAUCCUCCCCCAUCCGUGGCCCAAACGACGACCAAGCACCUACAGCACGGCGAGCCGGAGCUCACAGGUGUUUUAUCCAACUCUAAACGUCAACGGGAAGCUGUUUGUUGCCAUGGACCAGAAUGGGGUUUCCCCACCGCCACUGCAGGGGCAGCUGCCUGCCUGUACCAUGGAGAAGGUCAAGGAGGAGAGUGUCCCCACGUCCACCACAGAGCUCAGCACCAUGCUGUUACCUCGGCCUUCGUCCGCACAGGAGUCAGAGCGGAGGGGGAGGGCGCUGAGCGCUACCAGCUACCUCACAGACGCCAUGGAAGAACUGGAGGAGUCCCAUAAGAAAUGCCACCCCUGCUGGUACGUCUUCGCCCACCGUUACCUGGUGUGGGAGUGCUGCCCCUGCUGGCUGAGGGUGAAGCAGCUGGUGAAGAUCAUGGUGAUGGACCCCUUCCUGGACUUGGCCAUCACCGUCUGCAUUGUCCUCAACACGCUCUUCAUGGCCAUGGAGCACUACCCCAUGACCGACGAGUUCAACGGCAUGCUCAGCAUCGGAAACUUGGUGUUCUCAGGGAUCUUCACGGCAGAGAUGGUGUUGAAGAUCAUCGCACUGGAUCCGUACUACUACUUCCAGACGGGCUGGAACAUCUUCGACAGCAUCAUCGUCUGCCUCAGCCUCAUGGAGCUGGGCCUGUCUGACGUCGAGGGGCUCAGCGUGCUGCGCUCCUUCAGACUGUUGCGUGUUUUCAAGCUCGCCCGAUCGUGGCCGACCCUCAACACCUUAAUCAAGAUCAUUGGGAACUCCAUGGGCGCUCUGGGAAACCUGACGCUCGUCCUCGCCAUCAUCGUCUUCAUCUUCGCCGUGGUCGGCAUGCAGCUGUUUGGAAAGAACUACCAGGACUGUGUGUGUAAGAUCUCGAAGGACUGCACUCUGCCUCGCUGGCACAUGAAGGACUUCUUCCACUCCUUCCUCAUCGUCUUCAGGGUGCUGUGCGGCGAGUGGAUAGAAACCAUGUGGGACUGCAUGGAGGUCGCGGGUCAGCCGCUCUGCAUUCUCGUCUUCAUGCUGGUCAUGGUCAUCGGAAACCUGGUGCUGUUGAACCUCUUCCUGGCUCUGCUCCUCAGCAGUUUCAGCUCUGACAACCUGUCAGCUCCGGACGACGACGGCGAGAUGAACAACCUGCACAUCGCCAUCCACAGGAUCACCAGAGGCCUGGCCUGGUGCCGCAGACAGGUGGUGGAUUUCUUCAACGGGAACCUGAAGCGUCGUCGUCAGAAGCGAAAGGAGGCCAAAGCCAUGAUGAAGCUGAAGCGGCUGAGCACCAUCCACACUGAGGUCAAUGGAGCUGUCAUAGGCCGUCACGUAGAGAAGUACGUGGUGCCAGAGGACGACAGCUACAUGACGAACCCCAACCUGACCAUCAGCGUCCCCAUCGCCCCCGGCGAGUCGGAUGUGGAGUUCCCAGAGGAGGAGGGGGAGGAGGAGCAGAGCGAGGGCUCUGAGGAAGAGGAGGAGAGGGAGGAGCAGAAGGACGAUAUCAGCCUAUCAGAGGGCAGCACGGUGGACCUGAGGAAGCCUGGGGAGGAGGAGGACGAGUACUCAGAGAUGGCGGAAGAGGCCAUGGACCCUGACAACUGCUUCCCAGACAUGUGCGUCACCAGGUUUCAGUGCUGUGAACUCGACACGACGGCGGGGCUCGGUCAGAUCUGGUGGAGGAUGAGGAAGACCUGUUACCAGAUCGUGGAGCACAGCUGGUUCGAGUCCUUCAUCAUCUUCAUGAUCCUGCUCAGCUCCGGAGCUCUGGCCUUCGAGGACAUCUACAUCGAACAGAGGAGGGUGGUCAAGGUGGUGCUGGAGUACGCAGACAAGAUCUUCACCUACAUCUUCAUCCUGGAGAUGAUGCUCAAGUGGCUCGCCUACGGCUUCAAGAAGUACUUCACCAACUACUGGUGCUGGCUCGACUUCCUCAUCGUCGAUGUCUCAUUGGUCAGUUUGGUGGCCAACACAUUGGGUUAUUCAGACUUUGCAGCCAUCAAAUCCCUGCGGACGCUGCGGGCCCUGCGGCCCCUCAGAGCCCUCUCCAGAUUUGAAGGCAUGAGGGUGGUGGUAAACGCUCUGAUCGGGGCGAUUCCCUCCAUCAUGAACGUGCUGCUGGUCUGUCUCAUCUUCUGGCUCAUCUUCAGCAUCAUGGGCGUCAACUUGUUCGCCGGGAAGUUCGGCCGCUGCGUCAACCACACCGGCCACAUCUACGACGCCUGGUCCAUCAACAACAAGUCUGAGUGCGAGGCGCAGAACAGCACCUCGUUCUACUACUGGAGCAAAGUCAAGGUCAACUUCGACAACGUGGGGGCGGGAUACCUGGCUCUGCUGCAAGUGGCGACGUUCAAAGGCUGGAUGGAGAUCAUGUACGCAGCGGUGGACUCCAGAGCUGUGGAGGAGCAGCCUAUCAAGGAGAUCAAUCUAUACAUGUACCUGUACUUUGUCAUCUUCAUCAUUUUCGGCUCCUUUUUCACCCUCAACCUCUUCAUCGGCGUCAUCAUCGAUAACUUCAACCAGCAGAAACGAAAGUUAGGAGGACAGGACAUCUUCAUGACAGAGGAACAGAAGAAAUACUACAACGCCAUGAAGAAGCUGGGCUCCAAGAAACCCCAGAAGCCCAUCCCCAGGCCUCUGAACCCGCUGCAGGGCUUCUUCUUCGACCUGGUUGGGAAACAGGCGUUCGACAUCAUCAUCAUGGUGCUGAUCCUCUUCAAUAUGAUCACCAUGAUGGUGGAGACGGACGAGCAGUCGCCGCAGAUGGAGUACAUCCUGAACAACAUCAACCUGGCCUUCAUCGUUGUCUUCACCGCAGAGUGCCUCAUCAAGAUCGUGGGGCUGCGCUGCUACUUCUUCACCGUCGGCUGGAAUAUCUUCGACUUCGUGGUCGUGAUUUUGUCCAUCGUCGGUAUUGUUCUUGCUGACAUCAUCGAGAAGUACUUUGUGUCGCCAACCCUCUUCCGAGUGAUCCGAUUGGCCCGUAUUGGACGUAUCCUGCGUCUCAUCAGAGGUGCCAAGGGCAUCCGGACGUUACUGUUUGCCCUCAUGAUGUCCCUUCCUGCUCUCUUCAACAUCGGGCUCCUCCUUUUCCUGGUCAUGUUCAUCUACGCCAUCUUUGGCAUGGCGAACUUCGCCUAUGUAAAACGGCAGGCGGGGAUUGACGACAUGUUUAACUUUGAGACGUUUGGGAACAGCAUGAUCUGCUUGUUCCAGAUCACCACCUCUGCCGGGUGGGACAGUCUGCUCAGCCCCAUCCUCAACAAUUCCCCAGAGGAGUGCAAUCCCAACAUCCCCCACACCGGCACCACCGUCAGGGGGAACUGUGGGAACCCGUCGGUGGGCAUCACCUUCUUUGUCACUUACAUCAUCAUCUCCUUCCUCAUCGUGGUGAACAUGUACAUCGCCAUCAUCCUGGAGAACUUCAGCGUGGCCACGGAGGAGAGCACCGAGCCACUGAGCGAGGACGACUUCGAGAUGUUCUAUGAGGUUUGGGAGAAGUUCGACCCGGAGGCCACGCAGUUCAUCGAGUACGCCAAGCUGUCUGACUUCGCCGACUCACUGUCGGAGCCCCUUCGUAUCGCCAAGCCAAACAAGAUCAAGCUGAUCUCCAUGGACCUGCCCAUGGUCAGUGGGGACAAGAUCCACUGCCUGGACAUCCUCUUUGCCUUCACCAAGCGAGUCCUGGGAGAGUCGGGCGAGAUGGACGCCCUCAAGCAGCAGAUGGAGGAGAAAUUCAUGAUGGCCAACCCUUCCAAGAUCUCCUACGAGCCCAUCACAACAACUCUGAGGCGCAAACAGGAAGAAGUCUCCGCCACAGUGAUCCAGAGGUGCUACCGCAGACACCUGGUGAGGCGGCAGAUGAAGGCCGCGUCUUACUUGUAUCGCCAGAUUACCACCCCUCGGCAUGCAGGAGGUGACGGCGAGCAAGGCAGUGAGGUAAUAUUCGGGGAAGAUGCACCUGAGAAAGAAGGGCUGAUUGCUGCCAUGAUGAGGGAAAACUAUGGCUCAAGCUUGUUAGGGAUGGAGCGCUCCGAAACAAUUUCCUCCACCUCAUCUCCACCAUCUUACGACAGCGUGACGCGAGCCACAUCUGAAAUCUUUCAUCUCCUCGGUGUCAACACAGAAACGGCGGUGGCUGACACCGCAGGCAGCGAACCGAGCGAACAGUCGCCAUCCGUGGUCGACCCUGACAGACAGCAGGAAACGCUGAGGAACGCUGAGGAGGCGCCAGAUGGAAGCUGUGAGCGAGGAACUGCAGGAGGAGUCGAGUGAAAGAGCAAACAAAGUGGAAUAUUUACUACCUUUAAUGUUAUUUCCUGUUCCCUGUGGAGAUUCCUGGACUCAACUCAACAGCUGUUGUUGGAGUUUCUGAAAGGGAAGCAGAAAAACUGCAGAGACAGAGAGGGAACCCCCAUCUGUCAAGUCUACUCUGCCUUUGUCGGCGCAAAAGACAGAAGCGUAGAGAAGAACCACCUCUGGAUCCCUUUGACCUCGGGUCUCGUGUCGACUAGAGCCGAGAGUUCAGAACGCUGGCUGACCUUCGGCCUCAGCUACAGAGGCUCAGAGGGGUCAGAACAACUAUAUCACAGAUGUAUCCAUCAUUUAUUGGCCUGGGGGGUUUGUGCCUUCCCGCAGAUGAUCAAUAUUCUCAGAGUACGCCUGGCUGGAAGAGCGACGGUGUUCCUGGUGGUGAAUCUCGACACGAUAACGGUCGACGGCUUUCUGACUGACUGAGACUCGAGAGAGGAGGAAAAUAAUGACAACGUGAUUUGAAAAUGUUUUCGUAGUAAAAGUAUAACUUUGUUGAUGUUACCAGUCUUUUAAUAGCGGUACGAUUAUUACUAUUUUUUAUAUUUUUUAGAGUAAGUUGAAGAAAAAAAAUAAGCAGUCUCUCUUCUGACUGAGUGGCACUGGCUAUGAAAAAGUGGCUAAACUACCAUGUUGUAAUAGAUGAGAGGAGAGAGUGCAGUCAGGAAAAUAAUCUCAAAAACCUGAAAAGCAACUUCAUCUGUUUUUGUUGGCAGUUUUGCACUUUUGAGUUUACACGUGCUGUCACUUUACCGCACACGGGCAAAGUCACGCUGAAGGAGGGCCUGGGAUGGAUUUAUUUUUGUUCCUGUGAAAACCUUUGAGAUAACACCAAAAACUGAUUCAAGUGCACAAUGAGAUUUUCUACACGGUCCCAGACUCUUCCAGCUUGUGCUUUGCCCUGGUGGUGAACAUCCUCGUGUCCCUUAGUUCUUUGGCCAGUGGGUGAUUUGCCUAAAAGAUUUAAAGAAACUUUUCCAGCUUCCAUUUGCUUCAUGAACAAACUCGCUGCGUUACUCUGCACUGCAGGAGAAGAGAACCGGUGGCUACUGGCUUUUCAUCACGGCUGAUCGAUCUCUGAUUGAUGAAGAAUCCAGUGUUCAAACGUGUGAAUAGCUGAGUUAAAUCAAAUAAAACAGAAAAACACAAUUACACAAUUUUUAAUUUCACAAUAAAAAAAAAAGUUUCUAAAGUAAAAUUUAUUUUUAAUAAUAAAGUCCAAACUGAAAUAAUUUAAUUUCUUCAUGAAACCGUUUUCAUAUCAUAAUAAUCUGAAGGCCUUAACAUUCAGCUUCAUUUUCUUUUUUUUUUUUCAGGAUGAAUAUUGUUUAGUGCAGUUAAAGGACCAGACCUCUGGUCUGAGACCAGCUCACAGAAAUAUGUUGCAGCAAAUCGUCAGUCUUUUACCAAGUGAACAAAGAAAUAUCUUCACGCAGGACUAAAAUGUACGUGUUAGGGUUUUGUAAAGCCAUGAAUAAAGUUUCUUGUCGCCACAUGAACUGAACAUCAGCAACAAAUCACUCACUGGCACUAACUAACUAUCCAUCUGGUCUGAGUUCGGCUCGACACACAGACACGAGGCCAAAUGGGCUUAAGAUCUUCGUGGUGUCGACCGCCCCCGACCAGAGUGCGACAAUCAACUCAGCACAUCAACAUCAGGAUUUCACCCUAUUUCUGUUUUAGAAAAGCUAAGGCCGAUUUUCAUGAGCUGGCGUUUGAUCGAUCAUCGGUGUCCUGGAAAAACCUCGUCUUCACAACACAACUGGAAAACAAACACGGCAGCUGAUUAUCAGUGUAGAGACGACAGGUUGCUCCAUUGCUGGGGAUUUGAUCAGGUUUUGGUCGGAUCUGUUUGCAGUUCCACUCUUCAGAUUUCUAAACUUUCUAAACUCUGGAGACAGAAACUUUGCUAAAUGACUCAUCUGUUGCUUUGCUGUUGCCGCAGUGACAGGAUUGAGCAUGUUUCCCUCCACGCUGCUGUUUUCCUCUCUCCGAUCUGUCCGAUCAGUCUUCUGCCUGCUCCCAGCUCUCUGCAACAUUUGAGACCUUUGACCUCUUAAAGGAUGAAGCUGUAUAUGUUUCUUACUGUCGUCAAAUCCCACACCAACGUGUUCGUCCAUCUGGUGUUUUUAACAGAUUUUAGACAACAGUGUUUCUCUGCUGCUCAGAGGAAAUGAGAGAAAUCAGGCUCUGGAUAAACAUACAGUUCUUGUUCGUUGGAGUCGUCCAUUGUUGGUCUUGGUCUUUGGGAUUUGACAAUAAGAGAAUUAUAGAACAUCAGCAGAUUAAAAGUCUCUGUAACAUCACAGUUCCACUGGCACUGCAGAGUCUGCAGCUAACGUUAGCAGCAGUCAGACCUUACGCAGGGUUGGUUUUAAAAUGGCUGCAGCUGAGCAGGUUUUUCCAGAACACAGAUGAGACGACACAAAAACCUUUUCUGCUUCUGUUUCCGCUAAAUGAUGCGAAGAGUUUCAUUUUAAAACGGGGGAAAGAAACUGAUAAAUUCUGAUUGGUUGAUUCCUCUUUGGAAGCUGAAUCCUGGUUUAGUUCCUUAUUUAAAAAAAAUCAAACGGACAGUUGGAACAAUUUUAAAAGGAAGGAAGUGACUUAUUUUGAAAGGAAACUCUUCAAAUCCAAACCCAGCUUCAUUUAUUUAUUUAUUUAUUUAUUUAUUGACUUUGUUUUCUGGUUGAUUGCUUUAUUUUAUCUAAGAUUAUUUUUUUUAUUUUUGCACGUUUUAGCUGCGCCCUGGAGGAGAAGUGGAGGCCGAGUGAGACGGCUCUUUAUCUAUUUUGCACAGAGAAACAAAAAAAAACAAACCGCGUCAAGCAAUAACGGUUUGCCGAUACCUUUUAAGUGAAUUCUUAGGUCACACUUGACUUCGCAGAAGCUUCUUCUCACUGCAUGAGUCUGUGCGAUGACUGGAAGAAUUCUACGCACAGUAACGCUCGGAGCGUUUGGUGAAAUCUGGUAAAUCGCGGUUUCCCAGAUUUAGCACUGACAGCGUUGCUGUGGAUUCACGGACACGCAGGCGAGUGCAUUGGCAGGAAGCUGCUGUGAAGCAGCGUUACCGCUUGUUUUUAUUAAGAUGAAGUGUCAAAGUGUGUGUGUACAGCGUUUGUUCAGUCUGCUUCGAUAUCAAUAUUUCGAACAACCUCUCUCUCUCUGUCUCUGUUGUCGUGGUCACCCGAAGGAUCUUUACUAAACGCUUUACUAGACUAAUUUAAAAAAGGAAAAAAAAAAAUUUACUGGCACCGUCUGGACUCUAUUUCUACUAGAUUCUAUUGAGAAUAGAAAACCAUAUAAACUAGGUAAAUACUUAAGACACUGCUGAACUCUGCUGCGAGGCGUAUUUCAGGUUGCAGUUGUGCUGAAGGGCUGUUUUCAGUAGCAAUAGACCCAGAGUGUGCCUGCUACAUAUGAACCCAACACUCCAAGCCAUGCUUUCCCAUUGGUUGAUUGAUUGAUUGAUUGAUUGAUGGACUGGUCGUUUAUUUGGUUGGUUGAUUGAUGAAUUGAUUCUCAUGCUUUUUGAUAAUGAACGAGGUUCACGGUCCCCCCCCGUCGCCCCCCUCCAUCACCGCUGUGACUCUUCCUCAUGAAGCUGUGGAACAAACAGCACAGAGAGCUGAUUGGCUGGCUGGCUGAUGACACGCUGAAACUGUCAGAAAGGUUCAGAUUCGCUAAAGUCUGCAGGAAAAAAGUGUGUUUUAUCCAUGACCUGACCAAAUCAGGAAACUCUGUGGGAAACAGCUGCUCUGCUGCUUUUUCAAACACGACACCAAGUCGUAUCAAACCUUCAAACAUCUGAGCAUCUGGUCCGAUUUCUAAUUUAAAUUUAAAUCAACAUUUGACUUUUGUUAAGUGGAAAAUGUGGUUUUAUAGACAAACACAGUAAAUUCAGGUUCUACUAAUACUGAGACCGAACCCGGCAGUCACUGAGCGACCGCGUGUUCCCACAGUGCAGCUUUAGUGAGUCUGGACCUCCAGUUUGUGAUGAGCACAAAAAACCAGGUGUACAUUCACCGUCUGUGUGAGGCCACUGAAACCAUCACGGCAUCAAAACACAAUCCAGUCUCAGCUCAGUCCCCGAAAUCCCCGCUGUGCCGACUGUACGAGGCCAAAGAGGGACAGCCAGAACCUGGAAACGCUCCAGGUAACCUCCAGCAUGUCUGAGCAGGAAGGGAAGCCUGCCACUUCCUGUCCUGGUCUGAUUUGAAAAAGGUUCAAAAUGUAAAAAAAUAAGCUCUUAUUUUGGAGGAAAACUACCGCCUUGGCUCUGCGCUGUGGAUCAGUCCAUGUGGUGCUACCGAGGGGUUUGGAAGAGUCCAAAUGAAGGUCGGACGGGGGUGUUGAAACACAAACUCUGAGAAUCUUUGCUCCUUUAUGCCUUUUUUCCCUGAUUCAAAACCAAAAGCUGCUUCGUCAUCAAAACAAAACGACAGACAUCGAUGUACCAACGCGGAGGAAAUGCACAGAAAACCAGUGGUUUCGUUGUUCAUUAUUAUUACUAUUGUUACUAUUAACUGUGUGAUAAAUGCAAUACAACAGUUAUGUAAACAGGCAGUGAGUGAUGCUGUAUCUUAUUUACAGUAUGAGCUGAAUAAUGAGGAGUUUCUAAUUAUUUCGUCGUCAUGGAUUCGGUUUUUCCAGGCAUCCUCUCACUGCUUCAGCCACCGUCGCCCCGUUUACACUGCAACUGGUUUCACAGUGGUUGUCAAACUGGUUUUGCCAGGUCUCCGGCUUCAUAUCAGUUCUGCAGAAACCUCAUAUCUCGAGAAAGUUGCCUUUUUCAGGAGCGGAGGAGAGAAAAGGAUGAAUAUUUCCCUUCCCGACUCAUUAAUUCCUGCUGAAAUCGGGAAGAUUUCUCUCAUCGCUGAAGCUGAUUUUAAGAUGAAAGUUGGAAAAUAAUAAUCACCAAGUUGGAGAUAAGAGGUUUCUUGAUACAAGCAGUUUUAAUGCGUUUUUGCUGGAAAUAGCUGAGUCACAGAUGGAGGGUGAAAACUUUGUAACCCCGGAGAUUUUAGCAGAGACGCAUCAGGACAGUGAGGAAAGAAAAACAGGAUUUUUAACUCAGAAAUUUCAGCUGUUUGAAAAAGUUUGAGGAGCUGGUGAAAUUUUUUUAAUGUGUAAUGUUUCCACAUUUUUUUAAUUCAAUUUGAGAAAUAUCCGAAAGUGAGAGACAGGUUACAAGGUUUUCCUCUGACCGCAGCCGGUGAAACCUCGGUGUAAAGGAGGCGAAAGCCGUGCCUCAGUGACCCCUCCCCGGUGUUUUAGAGACAAUAAUAAUUACAAUGAUUAUGAUAUGAAUAUAUAUAAAUAUAUAUAUACUUUUUAGUACUUUGAGUUAAAAUACUUUUUAGUAUUUUGCAAAUACAUGUCUCUGUAUAUAAAACGAAAGCCUCCUGUAAUA